AUGAGUGCCUCGCGUGCUAUCGGAGGGUCCUCGAGGCUUCUCGGCAAUUUGGCACGCUCGCACAACUCGAGUCUCGCGCGACACUGGCUUGGCCGACGCUGCGCUUCCACUGCAGUUCUCCCGACCUUGUCCGCGAGCCUGCGGUCGCAGUCGAAACAAUGGCCGCUGGAUCGACGGUGGCAGCAACGGCGAGGUGCCGCCGGCGCCGCAGCUGCAAUGCUGGAAGAAGCCCAGGAUGACCCCGACGCCCUCUCUCAAGAAACCAUUAUUCACAACCUUUCGCCCGAGGAAGCGCACCGGUUAUCAAGAGUGCGGAACAUUGGUAUUGCGGCACAUAUUGACUCUGGCAAAACGACGGCGACGGAACGUGUCCUAUUCUACACGGGGCGGAUCAAGUCCAUCCACGAAGUUCGCGGCAAAGACGCCGUCGGCGCGAAAAUGGACUCGAUGGAACUGGAGAGAGAAAAGGGCAUCACCAUUCAAUCCGCAGCCACUUUCUGUGACUGGGUCAAAAAGGAGAAUGGCAAGGAAGAAAAAUAUCACAUCAACUUGAUCGACACGCCCGGACACAUUGACUUUACCAUCGAGGUGGAGCGUGCACUGCGGGUGCUGGACGGUGCCGUCAUGAUUCUGUGUGCGGUGUCCGGCGUCCAAAGUCAGACCAUCACCGUUGACCGGCAGAUGCGGAGAUACAACGUGCCCCGAAUCAGCUUCAUCAACAAAAUGGACAGAAUGGGCGCAAACCCGUGGAAAGCCGUCGACCAGAUCAACAAGAAGCUCAAAAUCGCCGCUGCGGCUGUUCAGGUGCCCAUUGGCGCCGAAGACGAGUUCCGCGGCGUCGUCGACUUGAUCACCAUGAAGACGAACUAUGCUGAGGGUGAACGUGGCGAGAUCAUUGUCACCAAGGAUGAAAUCCCGGCCGAGGUCCAACAGCUCGCAAAAGAGAAGAGGGCACAGCUGAUCGAAACACUUGCCGACGUCGAUGACGAGAUUGCCAACUUGUUUCUGGAUGAACAGGAGCCUACGACUGAACAGCUAAAGGCCGCCAUUCGGAGGGCUACCAUUUCGCUCAAGUUCACUCCGGUCUUUAUGGGAUCUGCCCUCGCCGACAAAUUUAUCCAACCGAUGCUCGACGGUGUCUGCGAUUAUCUUCCCAACCCCUCCGAGGUGUCCAACACCGCUCUCGACCGAAGACAGAAGGAGGCCCCCGUCAAGCUUGUCCCUUACAACUCGUUGCCUUUUGUCGGUCUGGCAUUCAAAUUGGAAGAAUCAAACUUUGGGCAACUCACGUAUAUCCGCGUGUAUCAGGGCAAAUUGCGAAAAGGCCUCAACGUGUUCAACGCCCGGACCGACAAGCGGGUCAAGAUUCCCCGUAUCGUCCGCAUGCACUCUAACGAGAUGGAAGAAGUCAACGAGAUCGGCGCCGGAGAGAUCUGUGCGGUGUUUGGAAUCGAAUGUGCAUCGGGUGACACGUUCACGGACGGACAAUUGGGGUACACCAUGACCAGCAUGUUCGUGCCCGAACCCGUCAUCUCCCUCAGCAUCAAGCCAAAGAACAACAAAGACUUGCCCAACUUCUCCAAAGCCAUUGCGCGGUUCCAGCGCGAGGAUCCGACCUUUAGAGUUCAUUUUGACACCGAAAGCGAACAGACGAUCAUCUCGGGCAUGGGCGAACUUCACUUGGAGGUCUACGUCGAGCGCAUGCGCCGAGAAUACAAGGUCGAGUGCGAGACCGGCCCCCCGCGCGUUGCUUACCGAGAGACCAUCACCAAACGCGUCGAGUUCAACCAUUUGCUCAAGAAACAGACUGGCGGAGCAGGUGAUUACGCACGUGUUGCAGGUUAUAUGGAGCCCAAGGGUAACCUCGAAGGCAACCACUUUGAAGAACAUAUUAUUGGUGGCGCCAUCUCGGAGAAAUUCUUGUUCGCUUGUGAAAAGGGUUUCCACCUGUCUUGCGAAAAAGGUCCUCUGGUCGGCCACAAAGUGCUCGGUGCGACCAUGGUCAUCAACGACGGUGCGACCCACAUGACCGAUUCGAGCGAAAUGGCCUUUAAAAACGCAACGCAGCAGGCCUUCCGCAAGGCGUUCAUGGACGCCGACCCAGUGGUGCUGGAGCCCAUGAUGAAGACGGUCGUGACAGCCCCGACCGAGUUUCAAGGCAACGUGGUCGGGCUGUUGCAGAAGCGGAAUGCGGUGAUCAACGACACCGAGGUCGGCGUGGACGAAUUCACCGUCUGGGCCGACACCAGUCUCAACGGCAUGUUUGGGUUCAGCGGCAACCUCCGUGCGGCGACACAGGGCAAGGGCGAGUUCAGCAUGGAGUUCAGCCACUACGAGCGUGCGCCGAUGCAGCUGCAGAAGGAGCUCCAGUCCGAGUUCCUCAAGGCCCAGGCGGAGAGGAACAAGAAAUGA